ACGCCGAACCGAGGAGCGCCCUCGCCGUUUAGCAAUGCCACGUUGAAUUGUCAGCUUUUUGAGUGGAGUUUGGUGUAACGCUCUCGCCAGUCGCCAUACGGUUGAGCACGUAUCGACGCGAACCAGGGCGACGAAGUUUCUCUGUCACUGCUGCGGGUGGGAGAAAGGUGCUGAUGAUGUCGCAGGCUGGACGUGGUGCGUUGUCUCAGAUACAGCUGUUUGUUAAUGUCCACAUAAAGAUAACCGAUAUCAGCCAUACAGUACCGUUUUAUUACUAUCUUACGUUAGGUAGAGCAAGCUAACGCCAGCUAAUAGAGCCGAGAAAACAACUGGACCUGUCAAACUUAGACGUGCAACCAUCUGCUGAGUUCACCAGCUAACAUUACUGCUGUCUAACUAGCAAGCCAGCAUCUGCGGGAGUCAUGGAGGUGUGUAGAUCCACUUUGGAGAUGGCCCUGCUUCACUAGCUGUCUUUACUGGACAGCUGAUCCCAGAAGCCCUGGAUGGCUUGCCCGGUCCAGUUCCUUUGCCGGGCACUGCGCACCAUUGGCUUAGUUCUCUUCUACUACACCUUCUCCAUAGGCAUCACUUUCUAUAACAAAUGGCUGAUGAAGGGCUUCCACUUCCCCCUCUUCAUGACACUGGUCCACCUCACCAUCAUCUUUUGCCUGUCAGCUCUGACGCGGCAGGCCUUGCAAUGCUGGACAGGGAAACCCCGCAUCGUUCUCAGCUGGACCAUCUAUCUCAAAAAGGUGGCUCCUACAGCCAUAGCAACAGCACUGGAUAUUGGACUUUCCAACUGGAGCUUCCUCUUCAUCACUAUCAGCCUGUACACCAUGACCAAGUCUUCAGCAGUGCUCUUCAUCCUCUUCUUCUCACUGGUCUUCAAACUAGAGGAGCCGAACCCAUUCCUGAUCCUGGUGGUCGUGCUGAUCUCCGUCGGUCUGUUCAUGGUUACCUUCAAGUCGACCCAGUUCAACCUGGAGGGCUUCAUCAUGGUGCUGCUGGCCUCCUUCAUUGGGGGGAUCCGCUGGACCCUCACUCAGGUCCUCAUGCAGAAAGCAGAGCUGGGCCUCCAGAACCCAAUAGACACCAUGUACCACCUGCAGCCCCUCAUGUUCCUGGGCCUCUUUCCCCUCUUCCUCUUUAACGAAGGCCUGAGCCUCAGCACAUCAGAGAAGUUAUUCCGUGUGUCGGAGCUCUCUACUCUGUUGUACUCUCUCUUCACGCUGAGUAUCGGCGGGAUUCUGGCCUUCGGUCUGGGCUUCUCAGAGUUCCUCUUAGUCUCCAGAACCUCCAGCCUCACUUUAUCCAUAUCAGGGAUUUUUAAGGAGGUGUGCACUCUGCUGCUGGCAACACAUGUAAUGGGAGACAAGCUGAGUCCUCUCAACUGGUUUGGGUUUACUGUGUGUCUGGCUGGCAUCUCCUUGCAUGUGGGGCUCAAGACCUACUACUCCAAAAAUAGGGGCCCCUCUUUAAGGCAGCUAAGCAGUAAGAGUCCAGAGCUGGAGUUGCCGUUGCUGCAACAGACCGCGUAUGAGGGCGGUGAUUCUGCUGCUGAUGAAUGCGAUGAUGAAGAUGAGGAACAAGAAAUUACUCUGAAUAACCCGGACCCUCCAAACAGCCAGGCUCCACCCAUCUCCAUGUCUGCUCACCUCCUAUCUUCAUCAUCAUCAUCAUCAUCAUCAUCAUCAUCAUCAUCAUUCUCACUAAUGCUGCCUCGCCUGGUAACUCUCCUCCUGCUGCUGGCCUCAGGGGUUCAUGCCCAAGGUCGUCUGAAGCUGACUGUCUUGUCCGAGGACAGACUGCAGAUGAAAUGGAAGGAAGCAGAGGGACCCGUUCAGGGCUACAAGGUCCGAGUGAAACCCAUUUCAGAGGUGCCACAGCCAGAGCUGAUGUUGACCACCACACGGGGCCGGGCCACGGUGGCAGGACUGGACUCGAGUCAGGAGUACGCCCUCCAAGUCCUGGUGCUCAACGGGACCACAGAGAAACUCCUUGCCAAGAGACGAUUCACUAUCGAGAGUCUACGGGAAGAGGAGAUGAUCCGCAGCGGCAGCAGAGAGCAGCGCAAAAAGACGUUGCUGGGCGGGUCGGGGUCAGGAGACUUGGAGGAUGUGACGGAGGGUCUGUUGGGCCUGCCAACAAUUCUCUACCCGGCAACCACUGCAGUCGCUACUACUGUUGCUCCAGAGCCCCCACCUGCGGAAACCACCGCUCAGCUCCUCGACGAGACCGCAGAGAAAACCCCCAGGGAGAAGAGGAAGAAGAAGAAGGAAAAAGAGAGGGAUCGCUCCAAGGCGCACAAGGAGCAGGCGACGACGGACGGCAAACCAGCGGAGGACCAGAGCUCCGGGAGGGAUAAACUCCGGAAAACACCCUUCCCCACCCAGCCGGUCACAGGGGGCUCCACGAGGAAGCCGUUUGAGUGCGACAGUGACGCUGCGGCUGACAUCAUGCUGCUGGUGGACGGCUCCUGGAGCAUCGGGCGCACCAACUUCAGACGCGUCAGAGACUUCCUGGAGGGUCUGGUGACUCCUUUCCACAUCGGACCAAACCACAUCCAGAUCGGUCUAACCCAGUACAGCGGAGACCCCCGUACAGAGUGGCAGCUCAACAACUUCACCACCAAAGACCAGUUACUGGAGGCAGUGAGGAACUUCAGAUACAAGGGAGGAAACACCUUUACAGGCCAGGCGUUGCUCCACGUCAUGGAGGAGAACAUGAGGGCCGAGUCAGGCGCCAGGUCAGACACACCUUUCUUCCUGGUCCUGUUGACUGAUGGCAAAUCUCAGGAUGAUGCCAUUGCUGCAGCCAAUAGGCUGAAGAAUGCUGGUGUGGAAAUCAUCGCUGUAGGUGUGAAGAAUGCAGACGAAGCCGAGUUGAGGCAAGUGGCAUCCGAGCCGCUGGAGCUGAAUGUGUACAACGUGAACGACUUCCCCCUGCUCAGCAAGCUGGUGUCCCGCCUGGUCCACAUCCUCUGUGGGAGGAUAGAGGACCGCGGCAUCACCAAACGAAUGGAGCCGGGGCCCACAGCAGACCCAGCCCUGUCCUACCCCAGUCCGACCGACCUCCGCUUCUCUGAGCUGGGCUCCAGGGAGGUGAGGCUCUACUGGACCGGCCCCGCCAGCCCGUCCCGUCCCGUCCAGCAGUACAGAGUGGUUUUCCACAGCGCCGAGGGUCAGAGUCCACAGGAGGUUGUAGUGAGCGGCUCAGAGUCCAGUGUGCUGCUGGAAGGCCUCUCGUCUCAGACGCUGUACCACGUGUCAAUCUUCCCGGUGUAUGAAGACAACGUCGGCCUGGCGCUCAGAGGAACCGUCACUACAUUGCCCUUGGCCAUGCCCGCCAACCUGGAGGUGACUCCCUCCUCUCCCAGCAGCCUGCGGGUGAGUUGGGGUGCAGCACCCGGUGCAACACAGUACAUGAUCCUGUACUCCGCACUGAGCCACGGAGAGCCUGAUGAUGCCAAGGAGGAGAAGUUCAGUGCAGAUCAGACCGUGGUGGAGCUGGCAGGCCUGAUACCAGCAACAGAUUACUCUGUCACUCUGUACGCCCUGUACGACGAGGAGCCCAGCGACCCCGUCACCGCCGUCGCCACCACGUUCCCUCUCCCACCCCCAGUGAGCGUCCAGUUCCCGAUGGUCACCCACAGCAUGCUGCGGGUGAGCUGGGUGCCCGGAGCCGUGGACGUUCCUGGCCACAGAAUCACCUGCAGCACCAACCACGGCAGUGACGUUAAGCAGGUGGAGGUGACAGGGGUGAACUCGGUGCUGGUCCAGAACCUGUCAUCUCUGUCCAGAUACCUGGUGUCGGUCCAGUCUCAUUACCCACAAGGCCUUUCUGCAGCCGUCACCAGCAACGUCACCACACUGAGGGUGCCUUCCCCUUCGGACCUCAGGGUGACCAACUUCUCCGGCAGUGAGAUCACGGUGCGCUGGGACGCUGCAGCUGAUGAUGUCGUCUCCUACCUCAUCAAGUGGAUCUCCCUCAGUGGAGGAGACCUGAGACAGUUGAGGGUGAGUGGUGACAGUGAAGGGGCGAUCCUGGAGGGGGUGGAAGAUGACAAGGAAUACCAAAUCUCUCUGUCUGCCCUGUAUGCUGAUGGAGCUCAGAGUGAAGCCGUGGCAAUACGCUACAGCACCUUAUCUGGUGGCGGCCCGUCCAGUGUGUCUGUGUCCGAGGAGACGGCGGUCAGCCUGGUGGUCAGCUGGGUGCCCCCUAACGCUCAUGUCCUGCAAUAUCGCAUCGCUUACGUCGCACUGACUGGAUCUGAAACUCAGGAGACCACUGUGUUGGUCCCAGGUAGUGAGAGGCACAUGAUGCUGCAGUCUCUGCUGCCAGACACUCGCUACAGCAUUCUGGUCACUGCCGAGUACCGCAACAGAGAGGGAGGCAGCAGUUCGGCUCAGGGCAAAACCACCAGUCUGCGGGUGAGCAGUGUGAGCGUGGUCAGGUCGGACCACUCCAGCAUCUGUGUAUCCUGGAGACCCGUGUCGGCUGUCAACGGCUACCGCAUCAUCAUCCAGUCUGCGAAAGACAAGCAAACAAAAGAGGAAAUUGUAGACGAGUCCAGCAGCAGUCACUGUUUUACUGAUCUGGAGCCAGAGACUGUGUACCGCAUCAGCGUGCACUCCCGCCUCGGCUCAGUGGAGGGCGCUGCUGUCUCCAUUCUGCAUCCAACAGCCGCGGCUCCAGCCAGAAUCCCCAUCCACCCCAGACUGUACCCCAUCCACAAUGAAGUGUGUCCUGAGGUCACCAUCAGAAACAGCAUCGUCAAAGGUUUUGACAUGAUGGAGGCGUUUGGUCUGACUCAGAGAGCUCACUCGUCGGUGGAGGGCGUGGCGGCGGAGCCCUUCGUCUUCAACACCGUGCCCACCUACACUGUGUACAGAGACGUGCAGCUGACACAGAGCACCAAGUUCAUCCACCCGGCAGGUUUCUCUCCAGAGCACACCAUCAGCAUGGCCUUCCGCGUGUUGCAGGAGACGCCCAGGGAGCCCUUCGCCCUCUGGCAGCUCACCGACGACGACUUCCAGCCCAAGAUGGGAGUGGUGCUGGACCCUACCACCAAGCAUCUGGUGUACUUCAGUCUUGACUACCGAGGGGAGGUGCAGGAGCUGACCUUCGACCAGCCGCAGGUCCACAGGCUGUUCUAUGGCAGCUUCCACAAGAUUCACCUGUCUGUCAGCCAGGUGAGCGUGUCGUUGUCUGUGGACUGCCAGCGUGUGGGUGAGAGGCCGGCCCGCCCCCUGGGCAACCUGCCGACUGACGGGUUUGAGAUGCUGGGAAAACUGGUGAAGACCAGAGGACCAAACAGCGGAUCUGCUCCGUUCCAGCUGCAGUCCUUUGAGAUCGUCUGUAACACCACGUGGGCUUUAGACGAUACCUGCUGCGACCUGCCUGGAGUGAGAGAUGAGGAGAGUUGUCCCGCUCCGGCUUACGCCUGCACCUGCUCCUCUGACAUACCCGGGGCUCCCGGCCCAACCGGGCCCAUUGGGAAGCCAGGUCCGCGCGGUGAGAAGGGCGAGAAGGGAGAGCAAGGACAAAAGGGGGAGAUGGGACCUCCAGGAAGGGCUGGGUUCGAGGGAGGACUGGGACCCCUGGGCAACAGAGGCCCUCGAGGGAUGACUGUCCAAGGCAAAGUGGGUCCGCCGGGCGCAAGAGGGGAAAAGGGAGACCCAGGCAAACCAGGAAUCCAGGGUUCACGUGGUCCUCCGGGUCCAAAAGGGGACGUAGGGGUCCCAGGCCCCAAGGGUAUUAGGGGUGUUGAAGGAAACAUCGGUGGACCAGGCAUUACUGGACCAAGGGGUUUCCAGGGAAUGCCAGGACACCCAGGGCCUGUAGGGGAGAGGGGCCCCCUGGGGCCUGUGGGACCUACGGGUUUGCCAGGGAAUAAGGGAGAAAGAGGAGAGAAGGGGGAACCGCAGUCCAUGGCAAUGAUCUACCAGCUAGUAACAGAGGCUUGUGAGCAACUAGUGCACAAGGAGGUGCUGAAGCUGGACAUGUUCAUAAAUGACAUGAGUCGUAAGCCAGCUCCUAUUGAGGAGCCAGUGGGGCCCCCAGGAGAACCUGGUAUACCAGGACCCAAGGGCCCUCCUGGGUCCAGGGGCACCCAGGGGCGGAUUGGCACAAGGGGGAGAUCUGGGAGGCCUGGAUAUCCAGGAGAACAGGGAAGGAGAGGUAUGCCAGGCAAUAAAGGCGAUGCAGGACCCAAUGUCGAGGGGCCCCCAGGGGUCAAAGGAUUUGCAGGGCCUCCAGGUGAAUCCAAGCUAGGGGCCCCCGGUCCUAGAGGGGAUGACGGUAACCCAGGACCCCCAGGGAUCCCCGGACCUGCUGGCCAGCCAGGCGAGAUCGGUCCCCCAGGUGUGUGUGACAGCAGUGGAGGCUGCCACAGGGCUCCCCAGCAAACAGAAGACCCUUAUUACGGAUACCAGCCUUGAGUGUGUGCCAGCAGCCUGGCUGUGGUGGUAAGGUGACUACGGUAAGGUGCAGCUCCCGUUACGAUCCCCCUGUUUGAAGUGACAAUGGUUUCAGUGGGACCGAUGGAUAGACUGAGAGUGGAGCUACAAAAAAGCCCCACUGAAGAAGUCUGGAGCGUCAAACUUGCCAGGGACUAACUAGGGGCUUCCCGAGCUCCGCCAUGCAUGGAAAAAGGAGACAACACAGGAAGGAACAGUCCAGCUCCUCGAGUCAUGAUGUCCUCGCUCAUAUAGAAACUGCUGAACAGUAAACAUGUAUAGUUACUGAGAGCAAGCAAGAAACCUUUUAACAUAGUAUAGUGUUUUAUAGACAUAUAUUAAGGAACCCUAAAUCAUCCUCGCACUGAAAAAUGUUUGUAUUUGUUGCUGUUUUUGUAUUCAUGCACUGUAACAUGUAUCAAUGCCAAAUAGUAUAGCUACCUUUGUAUUUUCAAAGCUACGUUCCUGCCGAUUUUGUUUUCUAACCUUAACUGCCUCAAGGACAAUGAAAAUGCAAAGGCCAAGGUGUAAAAACAUAUUUGUCCCAUGAUAAAACAUGAUACUGUGAGAAUGCCUGUCGGUGUGUGUGUGUGUAUGAUAAUGUUUAUAUUGUUUUAUAUAAUUACGCAUUGUAUACAGUUAUUCCUGUGUUACAUUUGUGCAUAUUCUCAUUGUAAUCCAUGUUUACACUUUAUGAUUUCCUUGGGUUUAGGUGACAAAUGUUACAUUAUCAGUCUUGACUGAAUGUGUGUGUGUGUGUGUGUGUGUUUGUGUGUGAGAG